UACGCAUUCCUGCCGCAUUGUUUACAUCGUUGCCGUGCGCAUUCUACAAGUGGGAAGGAGGCGAGUGUGUUGCCUUGUGCUGCCUUGAGCCCCAUACAACACCCAAGAAGAAGAAGACCUCCCCUGGCUGCCUCUACACGUAUUGGCAGCAGACGUCUGUGAGUGGGGGCGAUGGAUGUGCCGGAGACAGACAGCGAGGACGAGAUGGCGCCGGGCUGGGAGGAGCGGUGCACAGCCGAUGGUUUUGUGUUCUAUGCACAUCAUGCCACCCAAACCACACAAUGGUACCACCCUCGCACCAACAAGAGGAAGAAAGUGACUGGAGAGCUGCCUUUUGGGUGGGAGCGUCAGAUCACUGAGGACGGGAAGGUGUUUUUCGUGGACCACAUCAACCACAAGACCACCUACACCGACCCCAGGCUGGCCUUUGCUGUCGAAGAGUCGCGGUCGCUGGGUGACCUGCGGCAGCGCUUCGACUCCAGCACCACCGGCAUCCAGGUGUUGCAUGGCAGGGACCUGACCGGCAAGGUGGCAGUGGUGACGGGGGGCUCCUCUGGGAUAGGGUAUGAGACGGUGCGUUCCUUGGCCUACCACGGAUGCACAGUUGUCAUGACGUGCCGGGAGCUGGCUGAGGGGGAGGAGGCGGCCGCGAGGAUAUACAAACAGCGGCCGAGUGCAUCGCUAAACCCCAUGACCCUUGACCUGACCUCCCUGGCUAAUGUGAAGACUUUUGCUCAAGCCUUUGCUGUGCGCUUUGGCCGUUGUGACAUCCUGGUGCUGAACGCGGGUGUGUUUGGCCUGGGACACACCCACACACCCGACGGCUUUGAGACAAUGUUCCAGGUCAACCACUUGUCCCACUUCUACCUGACACUCCUCCUCCAGCCCCUCCUGGCCAAGUGUGCGCCCGCCAGGGUCAUCUACGUCUCCUGCGAGGCCCACAGGUUUUCCAAGCUUGAGGUGGACAGCAUGCGGGAGGAUGUGUUGUCCCCGUCGCUGCGUUCCCCCUUCGUCUCCCUCACUGCAUACUGCAACACCAAGCUGUGCAACGUUCUGUCCGCUCUGGAGAUGCAGCGUCGCUUUGGGGAGCAGGGGAUCAAUUUCUAUGCAGUUCACCCUGGCAAUGCUGUGCCGAGUGGGCUGGCAAGGCACUGGUGGCCCUACAGACUCCUCUUUACCCUGGUGCGGCCCUUUACCAAGACCCUGCAACAAGCCUGUGCCAGCUCGGUGUUCUGCGCGGCGAGCACCGACAUCGCACGAUACGGCGGCGUCUACAUCAAUAACUGUGUACCCUGCAUGCCGUCGGCCCCCGCGAUGGACCCCAUACUGGCCCACCGCCUCCACAAUGUCUCCCUCGCCAUGAUAGAGACCGUGCUGGGGAAACGUGCCUUCAACUCCCAGUCCUUAGGGGGUGGGGGUGAUGUGUCCCUAUCGUCACCGUCAUCCCUGCAGUCGAUGUCACCUUCGUCGUCGCCGCAGAAAAAGAAGCAGAAUGGUGAUGAUGAUGGUGGUGGUGGUGGUUUGUGAUUUUUUUUUUUUUCGUAAUUUUGUUGUGAUCGUACGAAGAUGUGUUUUUGUUGUUUAGAUUUCUUUCUUUUUCUUUUUUCUUUCUUACUCCCUUUCUGCCCAACACCUGUAAAGACUUUGAAGACAUUUCUUUGGAUAAUUGAUAUUUUUUUAAGUAUAUAUUUCCAUUAAUCCAUUCCAUCCAUAUAUUCCAUUUUCUUGUACAUAUCUCAUUAUAUUUAUCAAGUUGUAUACACAUUAUUUAUCGCCAUCUAUUAAAAACUGAGCAUAUAUACUUUUAGGUGUGUGUUUUUUUUUACCUAUGUCUGCCCAUGUCAAUUAAAUGUUUGCCUUUGA